UUUGAAGCAUAUAUUCACACUUACAUUCCAACACAAUAAUUUUCUUCACCAAGCAAUAGCAAUCAUAUAGCAUAACAUGGCUCAACUUCAAGAACACAACACCCCAUUAUCAAUCAAGCUAUUCGGAGCCACAAUAUCGCCCAAACAAAAAUCACAGACAAAGAUCGACCACGAUCACCAGAAACCCGAUCUGAAGCGGCCAGACAAGAUCAUCCCGUGCCCGAGGUGCAAGAGCAUGGAGACCAAAUUCUGCUACUUCAACAACUACAACGUCAACCAGCCGCGCCACUUCUGCAAGGCCUGCCACCGCUACUGGACCGCCGGCGGCGCCCUCCGCAAUGUGCCCGUCGGCGCCGGCCGCCGCAAGGCCAAGCCUCCGCCCUUUUCCCAAGGUUGCAUGUUAGAUCCCUCAUCGCCCGCGCGACCCACCAACUCGACUUCCACACCGUGGGGGACUGGCACGCCGGCGGAUUCCGGCAUCUAUUCCCCGGGAAGCGCCUCCAUUAGUCAAAGUAGUUGAUCAUGAUCUCUAUCUUUUUUUUAAUUUGUCAUGUAGUACAACAUAAUUGAUAAAUAAAUGUAGAUAAAUAUUUUAUUAACUAAUACAGCUUCAUUAAUUUCUGUAUUAAA